GAGGCAGGGCACCCUCACCCCACCGGCGGGAGGGAGCGUCCUCCUGACACAUUCUGCCUUACGUCUCAGACCCUCUCCUCGCCCAUUAAUUUUCAAGGCCAUUUCAAGUCUUCUGCAGUUAGAGGCGAGAAACUUCCUUCAACGUGGGCUUCAUACCCUCGGCUACGGAAACUCAGUCCUCUGACCGAAGCCGCGGAGUGUUCGGGGCCCGGGGAAGUUUCCCAGCCUGAGUUACCGUCGUCGCAGCUACGCGCUCUAUUGUCUGCUUUUAGCCUCAGGUGACCUCCAGCAAUCCCAACUGGUUUAUGAAGACACAGGUGCAGCCCUCUAGCAUCUGGACCCCAAGUCUUCACACCAGAGUGUGUCUCCUGGGGAACUUUUCGUCGACGCCGCCAAGCUUCGAUGUUCCUGAGGCAGCAGUUAGGACUGCAGCGGUUCUCCGGAGAGAGGGCGGCGGCAUUGAGAGUGAAUGAGGCAAUGGCCGGCGGCUGGGUAAGCCCAGCCCAUAGAGCGACUCUUCAGGACCACGGACAGCGCCACAGGCUCCGCCCAACCUGGUGCCGGCGUCUCGGCCUCGCUGCCUAGCGGCGGCGCCGGUUGGGUCGCUCUGGAAGUAAAGUGGGCGUUUUCCGCAGAUACUUCGCUGCUGCCCGGACGCGAUUGUAACGACCAGCCUCCCCCUUCCAGUCAUUCCGGAAGCACUGAGCUCUGAUCGCUAGGUCCCCAAUGUUUUCUGAGGUCACAUGCGCCAAUUUAACAAAUGGUGGAAAGUCAGAACUUCUAAAAUCAGGAAGCAGCAAAUCCACACUAAAGCACAUAUGGACAGAAAGCAGCAAAGACUUAUCUAUCAGCCGACUCCUGUCACAGACUUUUCGUGGCAAAGAAAAUGAUACAGAUUUAGACCUGCGAUAUGACACCCCAGAACCUUAUUCUGAGCAAGACCUCUGGGACUGGCUGAGGAACUCCACAGACCUUCAAGAGCCUCGGCCCAGGGCCAAGCGAAGGCCCAUUGUUAAGACGGGCAAGUUUAAGAAAAUGUUUGGAUGGGGUGAUUUUCAUUCCAAUAUCAAAACAGUGAAGCUAAACCUGUUGAUAACUGGGAAAAUCGUAGAUCAUGGCAAUGGGACAUUUAGUGUUUAUUUCAGGCAUAAUUCCACCGGUCAAGGGAAUGUAUCUGUCAGCUUGGUUCCCCCCACGAAAAUAGUGGAAUUCGACUUGGCACAACAAACCGUGAUUGAUGCCAAAGAUUCCAAGUCCUUUAACUGUCGCAUUGAAUAUGAAAAAGUUGACAAGGCUACCAAGAACACACUCUGCAACUAUGACCCUUCAAAAACCUGUUACCAGGAGCAGACCCAAAGUCAUGUAUCCUGGCUCUGCUCCAAGCCCUUUAAGGUGAUCUGUAUUUACAUUUCCUUUUAUAGUACAGAUUAUAAACUAGUACAGAAAGUGUGCCCUGACUACAACUACCACAGCGACACACCUUACUUCCCCUCCGGAUGAGGAUGAACGUGGGGAUGAGACUGAAGCCUGAGGAAUUAAAGGUCAUAUGACAGGGCUGUUACCUCAAAAAGAAGGUCACAUCUGUUGCCUGGAAUGUGUCUACACUGCUGCUUUCGUCAACUGGCUGCAAAUAUGCUAGUGGAAAACAAUCUGAUGUAAUUUCUACCCAGUCAGCUUCAUCUCUCGGUAUAGUUGUAAAUCACCACAGAUUCUAAAGCCACACUUGAAGACAUGCUCUCACACAUAGCUGUACACAAACACUCUCAUACACAUUUCAGCUGGCAUCUGUCAUGAUUCCUGUCGAGAGGGCUUUCAUUGUCUGACUCAUAAUGGUUCAGGAUAAACAAUCAUCAAGCAAAAGGAUUAACUAGACAGUGAAUGGUUUUUAGCACUUGCUGUUACGGAAAUCUCCUUUAAAGUCUUGAGUACAUGCUAAUCAAUAAUCCCCACUCAUGCAUUCCUACUGCUUGGAGUAGCUGUACUGGUAAAUACUACUGUAGGAGUAUAUGCUUGUUACAAUGGAAAAAAAAAUGUGUCUUUAGAGCUCAGUAUUCUUUAUUUUAUUAACACAAAAAACAAGUGUAGUAACUUUUUUCCAGCAUAGGGUAGGCACAUUCAAGGUGAUACAAGAUGGCUCUUUUUUCUUUGGAGGGAGCCUGUUCUCAGUAAAGAUGAGCAAACAUUUGGAAUUUACAUGUGGGCAGACAUUGGAUUACAGCUUUCAUCACCAAUCAGUGGACUUUUGCAAAGCUGAGACCAGCUAAGGCUGCUUAAAAUAAGUUCUGAUCAUUACAUAAGAAGGGAAAUGCCUGACAGACACCAUGUAAGUUAUAAGUGUCUGUCUUAUCUUUACUACACAUAUUGUAACAAAUUCAAUAUUCUAGUCUUCAUUUGUAUGAAUGGUUUGUAUUGUACAUAGUUUAACCAAGUGUUAUUUGAGCUGCUUAUUAAUAUUAACUUGUACUCGUCUCUCUGCUUGUUAUUGGUUAAAAAAAGAAAAAAAAGGAUAUGAGGAAUCCAUUCUAUCAAUGUAGCUGUGAACUCCAUUAAAAAGACAAACUUAAUGUACAAAGCAUUUAUUCAGCUCAAGUAUUGUUGAAAGCUAUACAUAUACAACAUUAAAGUCUGUCUGUAUUUAGAUAUUUUAUUUCUGGACAAAAUGAAAUGUACAUAAAAAUAAAAUGCGUAAAGUUGAGUUUCAA